UUUACUUUUAUUUAUUAUCUGUGGUUUGCCGCCGUGCGCGUACCUUACAAUAAUUUGGUAAAUUGUAUUUUUAUAGGAAAUUCAGUUGUUGUUUCCAUCGCAAUGGCAGAUUCUACUGUAACAGAAGUGUCUAAAAUGAAAGUGGUCGAUUUGCGAAAGGAAUUAAAGUCCCGCGGACUGUCAUAUACGGGAGAUAAAGCAGAGUUAGUAGCACGACUUCAAGCUGCAAUGUCUCAAGAUGAGCACGGCGACAUCAAUUUAGAUUCCGAUGAAAUUGACUCCGAUGGUGUUUUGGAAGAUGAAGAUGAUAAAAGCCAAGGUGACAUACUCGACGACAAUGCUGUGGAUACUCUGAAUGAAGAGUUAGCACUUUCUGAACAGCCAUCUCCCGUAAAGACCACGCCAGAAGCUAAACCGCCCCGAACCCUCAAAAGGAGAAUAACCUCAACAGAAGUAUCUAAAGAUAAACCUGAAGAUAAUAAAUCAACAGAAAGUAAGGAGUCUGCUGCUAAAAAAAUUGUGUUAAACAGAGCUAUAUCUAUAACAUCUACUCCUGCAACAACCGUUGAAGACAAAGAUGUAGCAGCGGCCGAGAUAAAUCCCUCAAGUAAUAAGAUUAAAAUUACAGCAGAUAUAGAUACUAAAACACGGUUGGAAAUGAGGGCAAAACGAUUUGGAUUACCAGUAAAAAUGAGUGAAGAUGAGAGGAAAGAAGCCCGUAAACAAAGAUUUGGCCAAACUGUAUCAGCUAAAAGUUCAGCCAUCUCAAACUCUGGUACUUCAGUGAAUUUAGAGAAAUUCAAGAAAAGGGCUGAAAGGUUUGGACAGUCAGUCUCUAAAAUAAUGACUGAUAUAGAGAACCAAGAAAAAUUGGCCAAACGGAAAGCUAAAUUUGGAGCAUCAGCAUAAAAAUUAAAGUGAAAUAGCUAUUGUAAUUACUAACGUAAAAGAAACAGAUGGUUUAUUGUGAACUUGCUGCAGAUAUUGACUUUUGGUGACCAAAACGUUAAAGAAAUCAAUAGGUAUCUAGUAUGAUAAUUUUGUCUUUUUCAACUAAAAGUUGUUAGUAAGUGACAUCAUCACUAUAUGAGUGAUGAGUCCAUGUUCUAUUACUUAUAAAUCUACUGACAUACAUUAGUCAAUUAAGAUUGUAUUUAAGGUUAACAUUUAGCUGUAAUUGUUUACUUUAAGGGUGAAUAAAAAUUGACUAAAAUUA